CUCUCUCUCUCUCUCUCUCUCUCAGGUUUCAGGGAAUGUGUGUCUGCGGCUCCUUGAACUCCAAACAGCUUUGCAAACAGCAGUCCCCGCCCCCGAGAACCUGUGGGUGAAGAAAGAGGGCGGGGUUAUAGCUUUGAUCCCUGGCUCCUGUCCUGUUGUUUCUUUUGGGUGGGAGCUGGGGUUUGAAUAACAGCCCCGGGGCUGGCAGACGGGCUUGUGUGCAGGAGGCCAGCCCAGGUUAACCCUUUCCUGCUGUUCUCUCCUUGCAGCCCCAUGAGCCCUUCCUCAUCGCCCCCUCCACCCACCGGACCUCACAUCUGACGCCAGCCUCCCCUGCAGCCUCCGAGGCCCUGCCUCCCCUCGGGCACGAUGCCCAUCCUCAAGCAGCUGGUGUCCAGCUCCGUGCACUCCAAGCGCCGUUCCCGCGCGGACCUCACGGCCGAGAUGAUCAGCGCGCCGCUGGGCGACUUCCGCCACACCAUGCACGUGGGCCGGGCGGGGGACGCCUUUGGGGACACCUCCUUCCUCAACAGCAAGGCUGGGGAGCUGGAGGGCGAGUCCCUGGACGAGCAGGCGUCCACCUCAUCCUCCAAGCGUGGCCUCCUGUCCCGGAAGUUCCGGGGCAGCAAGCGGUCGCAGUCGGUGACCCGGGGGGACCGGGAGCAGAGGGACAUGCUGGGCUCGCUGCGGGACUCGGCCCUGUUUGUCAAGAACGCCAUGUCCCUGCCCCAGCUGAACGAGAAGGAGGCCGCGGAGCGGGGCGCCGGCAAGCUGCCCAAGAGCCUGUCGUCCAGCCCCGUGAAGAAAGCCGACAGCGGGGAGGGUGACCCGGAGGCGGCCCGGGGGGAGGAGGUGCCCCGGCGGCGGAACGGGGCCACCUCCCCCCACUCCCUCGACCCCCUCCUGGACGAGCGGGCCUUCGGGGACCUGACGGAUCUGCCCAUCAUGCCCAAGGCCGGCUUCGGGCUGAAGCACGCGGAGUCCAUCAUGUCCUUCCACAUCGACCUGGGGCCCUCCAUGUUGGGCGACGUCCUGAGCAUCAUGAACAAGGAGGAGUGGGAUCCAGAGGAAGAGGAUGGCGGUUACCACGGCGACGAGGAGCCGGGCAGUCUCCCCAAGGUUCCCCUUUCUGGGUCGGGGGCCCCUCUCCCGGCCAGGCAGGAAGGCAAGGCCAGCCAGGACUCGCCCCCGCAGCCCCGGGCUCUGAGGCGCAGCCCCGCCUUCCAGGGGCCGGAGGGGGCCCGGGCCGCUCUCCCCAGGCAGCCCGACAAGGAGUUCUCCUUCAUGGAUGAGGAGGAGGAGGAUGAGAUCCGAGUGUGAGGCCGGCCAAGGUGGCUCCCCGCGCUUGGCCCCGUCUCCCUGCCUCCAGCCCACCCCCUUUCCGUUCAGGGGCAGCCAAGAGC